AUGGAGAUCGCCAUGGGGGCUAUCGGCCCUCUUCUUCCAAAGUUUGGCGACCUGCUCGUCGGUGAGUUCACCUUGGAGAGGCGGUUGAGGAAAGGCAUUGAGUCUCUCGUGACAGAGUUGACGUUGAUGCAUGCUGCUCUUCGGAAGGUGGCAAAAGUGCCACCGGAACGGCUCGAUGAGGGGGUGAAGAUUUGGGCAGGAAAGGUGAAGGAGUUGUCCUACCAAAUGGAGGACAUCAUUGACUCCUUCAUGGUACGUGUGGAGGAUCAUCGCGAUCCUACCAAUCCAAAAAACAGAGUCAAGAAGGUACUCAAGAAGACUAUCAACCUAUUCAAGAAAGGGAAGGAUCUCCACCGAAUUUACGAUGAUCUAGAAGAGGCGGUGGGUCAAGCAAAGCAGUUGGCUGAGCUACGUCAAAGGUACGAACAAGAUAUCCGCUACACCGGCUCUGAUGUUAGCAAUGACAACGCGAGUGUUAGCAUUGACCCUCGCGUGAUGGCUCUGUACACGGAUGUGAAGGAGCUCGUCGGCAUUGAAGAAACAAGAGACAUGUUGAUUAACAUACUGCUUGAAGGUGAUGACUGGUCCAAGAAUCCAUUGAAGACGAUCUCUAUUGUUGGAUUUGGUGGGUUAGGCAAGACAACUCUUGCCAAAGUGACGUAUGACAAUAUCAAAGUACAAUUUGAUUGUCAUGCUUUUGUUUCGGUUUCUCAAAAUCCUGACAUAAAGGAAGUUUUGAAGGAUAUUCUGUAUGAACUUGACAAGAACAAGUUUGCAGACAUUCAUAAUGCAAAAAGGGAUGAAAGACAGCUCAUCGACAUGGUCGGUGAUUUCCUUACAAACAAGAGGUACAUCAUCGUAAUGGAUGACAUAUGGGAUGAAAAAGUGUGGCAAUUAAUUAAGUGUGCUUUUCCUAAGAAGAGUCCUGGCAGUCGAUUGAUCACCACAACCCGUAAAGUUAGUGUCUCUAAAGCAUGUUGCUCUUGUAGUUAUGAUAUCUACAGAAUGAAACCUCUUUCUCAAAAUGUAUCAAGAAAGCUCUUCCAUAAAAGAGUAUUUUCCCACGAGAGAGGGUGUCCUCGUGAAUUAGUGCAAGUAUCUGAAGACAUCUUACAAAAAUGUGGCGGGAUACCAUUAGCCAUUGUUACUAUAGCUAGUCUUCUAGCUAGUAAUCGUCACAUAAAAGCAAAUGACCAAUGGUAUGAGUUGCUAAAUUCCAUUGGCCGUGGACUUACAGAAGAUCGCAGUGUGGAGGAGAUGAAUAAGAUAUUAUUGUUCAGCUAUUAUGAUCUGCCUUCUUAUUUGAAACCUUGUUUAUUAUAUCUAAGUAUCUUUCCAGAAGAUCACAAGAUUAUGAGAGACAAGUUGGUAUGGAAAUGGAUCUCCGAAGGUUUUGUCUAUAGUGAAAAACAAGAGACUAGCUUAUAUGAGCUUGGUGAUAGCUACUUCAAUGAACUAGUAAAUAGAAGUAUGAUCCAACCAAUAGGCAUUGAUGAUGAAGAAAAAGUAGAAGCUUGCAGUGUGCAUGACAUGGUACUUGAUCUCAUAUGUUCAUUGUCGAUUGGACAAAAUUUUGUUACUGUAUUGGAUGGUACCGAGAGAAAAAUGGCUAAUUCGCAGAGCAAGGUUCACAUAUUAUCUAUCCAAGAUUUCAAGGUGAAUGUUGCGACCACUAGGAUGGCACGAGUGAGAUCACUUACCGUUUGCCCAAAUAUUGUUGUAAGCCAAGUGUUGGACAUUCCAAACUUUCCAGUUCUGCGCGUGUUGGAUUUAGAAGGCUGCCCUAUCUCAGAUAUUGGAUAUGUGGGUAGCUUACUGCAUCUGAGGUACCUUGGUCUAAAGGAUACUAAUCUUGAGAAGAUCCCAGUGGACAUAUGUAAGCUACGGUUUUUGCAAACCAUGGACCUAAGAAACACCCGGAUAAAAGAGCUGCCGUCGAGUGUUGUUCGACUGAGACAUCUCAUGUGUCUGUUUGUUGACAAUCAUAUGGAGCUGCCACCUGGGAUAGGUAACCUGACUUCCUUAGAAGUGCUGGACAGAUUGAAGAAACCUCGAGGCAACUUAAACCUCCAUAUUGUGAAAGAGCUUGGCCAUCUGACCAAGCUGAGAGUGGUCCGAUUUGAGAUGAUGGAUCUGAGCGAGAGUAUGAAUGAAGCUUUUGUAGAGUCCCUAAACAAUCUGCACAACCUGGAGAGUCUGUAUCUUAACGCCCUCGGUGGACUCGUUGAUCUCACACGGGAAGUCUGGGUGCCACCUCGACAACUCCGUCGACUAAUCUGUCAGUUACAGGUCUUCCCGUUCCUCAAACUCCCAGCAUGGAUUAAUCCUUCAUCGCUUCCCCUUUUAUCUUACCUGGAUAUAUGGGUACAUGGAGUGCAACCGCAGGACAUUCAACUUCUUGGUAUGCUGCCCGCUCUUCGGUAUCUCGGGCUCGGGGAUGAUGACAACUUCUCAGGGCAGAAUGUAGUACAAAUGUACGUUGUUACCGCAGACGGGUUCCCAUGUGCGACACAGCUCUGCUUCACUAAUAUUGCGGCGGUGCCUUCCAUAUUUCCAGAAGGAGCUGCACCAAGGCUCGAGCAGCUUGAGUUCGCCUUCCCAGCUACGUGGGUCUCCCGUGGCGGCUUUGAUUUGGGCAUGGGACAUCUCCCUUCACUGGAGAUAGUCUCGGUUAACCUGUUCUGCAUCGAAGCGAGUGAGCAGGAGAUGGAAAACGCAGAGGCUGCACUAAUCGCCGCAGAGGAGGACCAUCCUAACCGUCCCUUCGUAUGUGCCCGAUGUGUAUUACGAGUCCUCGCCUUUCGGUUUGGCUGCUUGAAAAAUCUUACAAAUGAAACAGAGGUGCUGAUUCUAUCAACUGAUUAG